AUGUCUGCCCAACGCAUCGGUAUCUUUACCAUCGACUUCCCGGACCCCCGGGUUAUCGACUACAACAACAACCAGUUCAUCACGCUCAACGAUUCCGUCUCGUUUCAGUACCGCAUCCUCAAUAAUAUCCAAACCCUGUCCACCAAAGGCGUUGAUUCCGACCAGGAUCCUUAUGGCAUUCUCUUUGUUCCCGACCUCCAAUCGACCGCGUGCAAGGAACAAGAAGCUCAGCAUGUUCCUGCGAAUGCGACGCGCAGGGCAAAUCUGCCCCAAGAUAAAGAUUAUGCCCUGAUAGCGGUUGCGCCAUGGUUCUCCGCAGAUUGUACCAAAGAAUACUUCGCCGCUGCCCGAGCACACACCACCAAAGCCUUCUUCACAUACCAACCCGGCGAGAGUAAUGCGAAACCACCCGUAUUGAACGACGCCACAUGGGACCUGCAGGAUGGCGGCAGCUGGCAGUCAGCCAAUCAAUUCCCAACAUAUGCCCUGUCUUCGAUAACUGGAAACAAUGUCAUGGACCAGCUGGGUCUUUACUCGGGAAACCUAACCGAUGCGCCAUACGGCGAUCAAUUAGCCAAGGUCUACGAUCGUACUGACUACGUGCGCCUGUGGGCGACCGUUGGUACUGACUCCAGUGGCCAACUCCCAAGUCUGUGGGUAUUUCUUGUCAUCGUCCUAGCCAUCCUCCUCGUCGCUGUCAGCAUCACUUCCCUCGUCAUGCACAUCAUCCAACGAAGACGCCGAAACGACCUCCGUGAACGCGUUCUCAACGGCCAAGUCGAUCUCGAAGCAUUGGGUGUAAAGCGACUUACGGUUUCGCAACAUAUACUUGACAAGCUGCCCAUACACAUAUAUACUGCCGGAGCUGCGGGUGAGCCAGAAAAGGCCAUCGAUUCGCAUGCCCAGGCUCCACAUCUUGGUGCUCCGUCCACAUCCGUAGAUGCCGAGACUGGUAGGAAGGCACCACCGCUGUCCCGCCACUCGUCCGCGCCCACAGUUCCUACUACUGGCAUGUCCGGCUCUUGGUCACAGCCUACUUGUCCUAUCUGCAUGGACGACUUCGAGGCCAACGAAACACAAGUUCGCGAGCUCCCAUGUCAUCACGUCUUCCAUCCCGAAUGUAUCGACACUUUCCUCCUCAACCACUCAUCACUAUGUCCAAUGUGCAAGCAAAGCGUAUUACCAAAAGGUGCAUGUCCAGUUAAGAUCACAAACGUCAUGGUACGGCGUGAGCGGCAUAUUAAUCGUAUGCGAGCCCGUAGCGCACGUAAUGCAACUUCACAAGCAGCUUCACAAGCAACUUCAGUGCCUGGUACCGCUCCUGUAUCAUUACCACUACCGAGCCGGCCCGCCAUAGCUCUCGGGUCGCUUUCUAGUCGAAUAGGCGGAGCGAUAACAGGGCGACGCAUCUUUAGUGCACCGGAGCGGGCCCAGUCGCGUCCACGAGACAUUGAAAUGGGAACUACACCGCCACCGGAAGCUCUGUUAGAACAUCAGUCGGCAGGAAUGCCACCUGCCCAACCACCAUCACCCAAUAAUCAGGCCUGCUCACCCACUCAAAACCGGAGAGAAUGGGCACGUCAAAGAGCCUUAGCCAUGCUCGGACCUCGUCAUGCACCGAUCAGCGAUGCAGAAGAAGAAGAAAGAGUUCCAAAAUGGCGCCGUCUAGUCCGCAAAGUCUUCCCUAUUGCUUAAUUUCACGACAUAGAUUAUUGCCUCUUGUUUAUAUCCCCGUUACGAUACCUCAGCAUAGCUUGGCGCAAACCACUUCCGUUAAAUUUUACAUACAGUACGGUGUUAUCGGCGACUUUAGGGGUCACCCCUUGUUACAUUAUCUUCUUGCUCAUCAUUCGGGAUGUAUAGGAACUACUUGGGAGAUUGUUGGACACUCUCGUUACCCAACUCUUCGCAGUCCAUAGCGCAGUGGGUUUCUCGUUUCUGGAACUAGCUCAGACAUAUUUAUUGCCUUGUCAAUGCUCUUG